GCUUUUACCUAGGUAAAAAAUAAACAUAUUUUAUUUUAUUUUUUAACCAUUUUUAAAAGUUGACUAAACUUUUAUUUUCUUUUGUCAAACUAUCUGCGGAGUUAAUUAAAUAAAGUCAAGAAUUUAUAUAUCAAAGCGCAUAAAUAUUUUUAAAAUGCCAACUUACGAAGAAGAGACUUGUUUUUCGGGAAUCAUGAUAUUAAUUGCUGUGGUUUCAAUACUAAUUGUAUACACACAAAAUGCACCCGUCAGCGAAAUUCCAGACCCAGACUUUGCGUUGCCACUGUCGAGUAUGCCAAUGGGGUCUUACAGCAACGUUGGCGUUGUAUCUAACGGUGGACCAUGUGCACAGAUCGGAGUGGAUGUGAUUGCCAGAGGUGGAAAUGUCGUGGAUGCUGCAAUAGCAACAAUGUUAUGUGAUGGUGUUGUAUGUCCUGAGUACAUGGGUAUUGGUGGAGGAUUUUUAAUGAGCAUUUACAACGCAAAAACCAAAAAAGUUAUGACAAUCAAUGCACGAGAAACUGCACCGGCUGCAGCAACUGCUGAAAUGUUUGUAAAUGAUCCAAAAAAAUCAAUAUUUGGUGGCUUGGCAGUCGCUGUUCCUGGAGAACUCAAAGGCUAUUCGAAGAUUUUUAGCUUGUAUGGUAGUGGCAAAGUUUCGUGGAAAUCUUUGUUUCAGCCAACUAUUAUGUUAUGUGAAAAUGGAAUAAAGAUCAGUGAUCGUCUAGAGACAAACUUGAAAAAUCACGAAGAAUUAAUAAAGAAUGAUCCAUUUCUCAGACAAGCAUUUUUGGAUAAAAAUACUGGACAUGUUAAAAAAGCUGGAGAAAAAUACAGAUUACCAAAAUUAGCAGAGACGAUGAAAAUCAUAUCAGUUGAAGGUGCCAAAGCCAUAUACAACGGGUCGUUAACAUUUCAAUUAGUGGAAGAUAUAAAAAAAGUCAACGGUAUUAUAACCGUAGAAGACCUGGCCAAUUAUGAGGUAGAAGUUGAAGAAUCUUUUUCCGUACAUUUAAAAAGUGGAAAUACAAUACACCUGGGGCCACCACCUAGUUCUGGUGUAAUAUUAGCCUACAUACUUCGAAUUUUAGACGGAAUAUUACCAGCCCCCAAUCCUGGAUUAGAUGCACAUCGAUUUAUAGAGGCUUUCAAAUUUGGAUUCGGCGAAAGAACGCGUUUAGGUGAUCAUAAGUUCGUAAAUGUGUCCAAAAUUUAUGAUAAAAUAACAUCAGACAGUUAUAUUGAUAGUAUUCGGAAUAAAAUAUUCGAUACAUUCACUUCGAUGGACUCUAAGUACUAUGGAGCUGACUUUGAUAUGUCAGAGAAUCAUGGGACUGCUAACAUUGUUGUAACCGAUUCGUUGGGAAACACUGUCGUGGGAACCAGCACUUUAAAUACAUACUUUGGUAGUGGUUUUGUGUCUCCAAGCACUGGUAUAAAUUUAAACAACGAAAUGGACGAUUUUUCUACUCCCAAAGUCAUUAACUAUUAUGGUAUUCCAUCCUCGCCUGCAAAUUUCAUUGCACCGGGCAAACGACCAAUGUCAUCGAUGUGCCCAACAAUAAUCACCGAUAAGGAUGGAGAUUUUGUCCUCGGGGCUGGAGCAGCAGGUGGAUCAAAGAUCACGCUUGCAACUGCCUACGUGAUUGCCCUUAAACUAUGGUACAAUAUGACAUUGAAAGAAGUGAUAGACAAACCUAGAAUUUACCACCAACUUAUGCCUAUGGUUGUUCAAUAUGAAUACGGAACGCCAAAGUCCGUCGUACAAACACUUGAGGAUAUUGGACAUCCAGUAAGUAGAUUGAAGAAUACCAUAGGUUCAGCAGCAACAGCAAUUGCAAAAUCCUCCUCAGGAAUGAUCGAAACAAUGCCAGAUUGGAGGCGGCCAGGAAAUUCGUCCGGAUACUAACACGAUAUUAUACCUACCUAGCCAGUAGCCUUCUUUGAUUAAGUUUCAAUUGGCGAGGAUGGAAUACCAUAAUAGUUAAUGACUUUGGGAGUAGAAAAAUCGUCCAUUUCGUUGUUUAAAUUUAUACCAGUGCUUGGAGACACAAAACCACUACCAAAGCUAAAAUUAAAAUUCAGUGAUUAUAAUAUUUGAUUUACCAAUAUGCUUAGAAGAAAAAGUAAUGUAGUGGUUCAAAUAAAGAUUUCCGUGAAACUUUGAGUUCUCCAGGAACAGCGACCACCAAGCCACCUGAUGAAUACUUCAAAUAAGUAUAAAUUCAAAAUUGUUGGACGAUACUAUUAGUUUUUCAUGAAGCUAUUAUAAACGUUUUCUGCAGCCGGUGAAGUUUCUCGUGCGUUUAUUGUCAUAAUUUUUUUUGAUUUUUGCAUUGUAAAUGCUUAUUGAGAUCCAUUCAAAAACACCAUCACAUAAUAUUGAUGCAAUUGUAGCAUCCAUGGCAUUUCCUCCUCUGACCAUCACAUCCCUUCUGAAAAACGAUCGAAGUAUUAAAAUUGUCAAUAUUAAAAGCAAAAAUAUUAAUCGGAGAACCAUACAUUUUAUUUUUAAGAAAAAAUAACAAAAUCAAUUUAUCUUAUUGGUGAUUGGUCCACUCAUUAAGUUGUGGGAAGUCGUCCGAAAAUGAUGAAGACUCGGGACAAAAGGUUGACGUGUAAAAUGUAUUACCUGCAACAUCAAAUUUUCAAAAAUUAUCACUAAAUAGCUUCACUGGACGGCGUAUCUAUGUCCGACAGACUCCAAAAGUAUUUACGAACUUUGAUAAUAAAUAAAACGGCUUGUCGUGUACGUAAUAAUAUAUUAUUAAUAAUAACAAACGAUGACAAACUGCGGUGUCGUCGUGCGAAUGCUUUCGGAUCGUCAGUCAAAUAAAAAUUAUAUUGCUGCACAAAUAUUAUACACGAUGUACAUACAAACGUCUUGGAGUCUUUUGUACACUAACCCACGAGAAAUUCAUCACCCUCAAACUCCCCUCAAAAAGUCAAAAUGAGAAAUCGACAAUACUUGCUGUUAACGGACGACUGUAUAAUUGUAAUACAUCGAACACAUGGCGACCGUAUUCGGUAUAAGCUAUUACUAUCUCAUCCCUUCGGUUUUCGUUUCUAAUCGAGAAAAUGCAUCUUAAGAUCUUAAAUAGAAGUAGGUCAACCGACACAAAAAAAAACAACAACAAAUUAAAGGUCGAGAGUAUUAAAUGGAUGACGGUCAAUGGAGAAUAUAUGAAAUAAAAAUCUUUUCAUAAAAUACAUCAGAAAAAACAAAUCUAUAAAUAGCUAGUUUUUUAUGCUCCUCUUUUAUAUCUCGGUAAUAUAGUUCAAAGAGAUUUGAUUUUUAUUAAUUUACAAUAAACGACUGGAUAGUCGUACUUUACAGAAUAUAUGCUUAUUGCUUAGAUAUUUUGGCUAGA